AUGGAAGAUCCAAUUCGGCGACCACGAGUUGGCUGUCCAGGAUCUGUGGUGAAGGGGCUGGUUGAUACGGCCGCCAGCGCCAGUCCCCCAGCAACGCUUGCAUGUGCCGGACUGUCGGUCGUUUUUACGCUCGCUCUUCAGGCAACCACCCAGCAGGCGGUUCUACUUGAGAUAUUAGACUAUUCUUCAGAUUUGAUGUGCCGCUUCCAGGUCAUGGAGGAUAUUUAUCACUUGGGUGAGAAUAGUUUUCAUGGUCCACCGGGGCAUCGCGCCGAGUUGCUUGAGAAAUUUAAAGACCACUUGACCGAUUUAUACGCUACUAUCCUUGAAUUUCAGGCCUGUGCACUGUACUAUAUGGGGAAACAUAGCUUCAUCCGGACUCUAAGUGACGCUUUCGAACAUAAUGGAUGGGGUGCUAUCUUGGGAAGCAUGAAUUCCCUCGAGACCAACAUAGAAAAAGAUGCACAAUUAAUCGGAGCUGCAAAUGUCGAUCAAAAAUUGAACGAGAUCCAAAAUACUCAAAGUGACGAAAAAGCCCGUCAAAUCAUCGUAGAUCGCGACCAAAAGGCAUUCGAACUCCUGCGUGCUCUGUAUAACUGCCCAUACAAAGACCGAAAGGAUCGAAACGAUGUUCGAGUUCCUGGUACAUGUGAAUGGUUCACUCAUCAUCCUUUAUUCGAGAAUUGGCAUCAAACCGAGGGCUCUAGUCUUCUUUAG